AUGAUGGCUUCAAUCAUGCCCAUGUGUGGCUUCCCCGAUCCCAACUUCUGGCCCAACUCCUGCAACCUGAACCUCUAUGAGGAUGGAGGCAUGUCUGUGGGUUGGCACUCCGAUGAUGAGAGCCUCUUCCAGGGAAAGCUGGUGGACAUACGGAUCCUCUCCCUGUCCUUGGGUGCGAGGCGAAAGUUCGAGUUGAGAGCAAACUGGCCAGACGAGCCAGAGCACCCCAAGAGCGUGAUGUUGAGUGAUGGAGAUAUGAUGACCAUGGAAGGCAUGACGCAAAAACAUUUCCAGCAUCGAGUCCCAAAGGAG